GCCCACCGCCGGGGCCGAGCUGGAGAGGAGGGUGAUGGCGGCGGUCAAGGCGUCGGAGGCGCGCGGGGACCCGCCGCUGCUGCGGGCGGUGGAGGUGGCCCGCCUCGUCGCCGGGGACGGGCCGGGGGCGGGGGCGGGGCUGCCCAGCGCCGAGCUCGCCGGGAUCCUCGUCUCCAACCUCUGCUUCGCGCACAACUCCGCCUCGCUCUGGAAGCUCCUCGACCAGGCCAUGUCGUCCCGCCUCCUCUGCCCGCUCCACGUCCUCGCGCUCCUCACCGCCAGGGUGCUGCCGCAUCGGCGAGCGCAGCCGGAGGCGUACAGGCUGUACCUGGAGCUGCUCAAGAGCAACGUCACCUCCUCCUCGCUGUCUCUGCAGGCCGGGCCUAACCGCGACAAGAUGACCAAGGCCAUCGAUGCUGCUCUACAACUAUCGAAAAUCUACGGAGUGCCCAAAAUGGACUUCGGGCACGUCGUCAUCCUGUUCGUGCUGAGCGUUACCACCAGGCUGAUCGACUGCAUACUGGAGGACUGCGGCUUUCCGUCAGAGGGGCAGGACAGUGUGUACCCUGUUGAAGGGCCGCAUGCUAUGGACGUAGAUGUCAAAGGGGUCUCUGCCGUGAAGCAUAACGAGCACCGGGAACAGUUGCGUCGGAAGAACACUGUCAUGGCUUUGGAAGUGUUGCAUAUGAUGGCUGCUGAUAAGAAAAUCCAAGCGUUUCUGCGCUUGAUAUGCCUUAACAUGCCUGACAAAUUCAGCGCUCUGAGCCAGAGGUUGACACUGAUCGAAGCUCGCAAAAUUGCACUCGAGAGACUAUUGCCUACUAGACAUAAAAUUGAUGAUUUGUUGAUGUAUAUCCGAAGAGUUAGCAAUGUAGAUUAUCAGCCAAACAACAAGCGACUGGUGGAUGUUCUUGGUAACAUGAGAUCCCGUGGUUCCCUGCUGAGCCAGCUUACAGGAGCUGGGAGAGCUGCCUGCUGGAUUAUAUAUGAUAUUUACUUGGAGAACGCAAUUGAUGGGAAGCAUCUAAGUGCUAUAUCUGCUAUCGUGAUUAUAAAAGAAAUGACCAAGACAGCCCAAGCAAUUAAUGAGGCAAGUUGGCAGGAAACUUUUAAAGCUCUUUGGAUUGCUGCCCUUCGUCUUGUACAGCGGGCUAGAGAACCUCUUGAAGGUCCAAUUCCUCAUCUAGACGCGAGAUUAUGCAUGCUAUUAGCUCUUAUUCCACUAGCAAUUGCUGCAAUUCUCAAAGAAGAAACUGAUGCACAUGGAUCUGAAGGAAACAAAAAUCUUCCACGAAGACUAGGACUUGUAUCUUCUCUCCAGGAUUUGGUUCAAUAUUCAGGACUCCUUGUAGCACCUUCAUCGGUGGUAAAUGCAGCGAAUGCGGCAGCUUCAAAAGCGGCAAUAUUUAGGGCCAGUUGUAAUGCUGCUGGUGGCAACCCUAGCAUGAUUGGCCAGGGUGACUCUUCAACGAAAGCUGUUGGAAACAUGCUACAUCUUAUAGUUGAAGCCUGUAUUUCGAGGAAUUUGAUUGACACAACUGCUUACUUGUGGCCUGGUUAUAUUGUACUAUCGGGGCAUUUGAAGGAUACAGUUUUACCCCAGGAAUCCCCUUGGUUGAACUUUAUGCAAGGAGCUCCACUAUCUGACCCACUUAAGACUGCUCUCAUUUCUACUCCUGCUUCCAGUGUCGCAGAACUGGAUAAAUUGUACCACAUAGCAUUGAAUGGUUCAGAACAGGAAAAGUCAGCUGCAGCUAAAAUUCUGUGUGGCGCAUCACUUGUUCGUGGCUGGAAUAUUCAGGAACAUGUUGUCCGCAUGGUAGUCAAGUUACUGUCGCCUCCUUUGCCCUCAGAUUCCUCAACACGAGGGAGCAUGAGCCACUACCUUAGUCAGAUGUCUACGCUUAAUGCAAUCUUACUCUGUGUCUCAUAUGUGGAUGCUGUCCACAUUCUUUCUUUGUAUGGAAUGGUUCCAGAUGUUGCUGCAGCUCUAAUGCCACUUUGUGAAGCUUUUGGGUCAAUGCCACCCCCAGCUAACCACAGGUCUACCAUUUUUGAUGAAACGUCGGUUUACUCGGUCUUCUCUUGUGCGUUUCUUUGUCUUCUCCGAUUAUGGAAAUUUUACAGACCUCCUCAAGAGCAUUGUCUUGCUGGCCGUGGAGGCUCGAUAAGAUUGGAACUUACUCUGGACUAUUUGUUGUUAAUGCACAAUAACCACAAUGAGCUCCCAAAUUCAUCUGCUAGUAGUACUUACUCUAGCAGCAGUGUGGGCUCAUUUGAAGAGGUUUCAACCCAACCAAUUUAUAUUGAUUCCUUCCCCAAGUUAAGGGCUUGGUACUUGCAGAAUCAAGCUUGUAUAGCCUCUACCCUUUCUGGUGUUUGCAACAAAAAUCCUGUCCAUCAAGUUGCAAACAAAAUUUUGAGUAUGAUUUGCCGAAAAAUGAACAAAAGCGGGAUAGUAUCUAGUAAUCUUUCAUCCACCUCUAGUAGCAGUGUCAGUGGUUCCUCACUAAGUACAUCGGAUGAUUCUUACCAAAGGCCCACAGUUUCAGCAUGGGAAUUUCUAGAAGCAGUUCCUUUUGUUCUUGAAGCUGUUCUUACAGCAUGUUCUCAUGGGAGGAUUUCCAGCCGAGACAUGACUACAAGUCUGAGGGAUCUGGUGGAUUUCUUGCCGGCUUCUCUUGCUGCAAUUGUUAGCUACUUCACAGCAGAAAUUACACGAGGGAUAUGGAAAGCUGUUCCUAUGAAUGGAACUGAAUGGCCCAGCCCUGGUGCUGCUCUUCACUCCAUUGAAGAUGAAGUGAAGGAAAUUCUUGCAUCUGCUGGUGUUCAGAUUCACAGCUGCUAUCCACGUGGUGUGCCACCAAUGCUUCCUUUACCGAUGGCUGCACUUGUCAGCUUGACUAUUACGUUUAAGCUGGAUAGGAGUCUUGAAUACAUUCAUGGGAUCAUUGGCCAGGCUCUGGAGAACUGUGCAGGGGGCAGUUCCUGGCCAAGCAUGCCCAUCAUCGGGGCCUUGUGGGCUCAGAAAGUGCGCAGAUGGCAUGAUUUCAUCGUCCUGUCAUGUAUGCGUUCUCCGUUUGGCAGAGACAAAGAUGCAGUUGCGCAGCUCAUCCAAAGUUGCUUCACAUCCUUUCUGCACGCAUCCUCAUCCAGCGGGUCUGAUAUUACUGCAAGCCGUGGAGUUGGAGCUUUAAUGGGAGAGUCCAUCACAGGCCAAGGUCUUCAGCUUCCCAUGGCCCCUGGGUUCAUCUACCUGAGAACUUGUCGAACUUUCCACGAUACCUACUUUGUGAGUGAGACGAUACUUAAGCAAGUCAUUGAUUGUUCCCACAAACUUGCAAGUGGAUGGUCUUCCAAUGGGCCUCCGCAUUUAAAAUCAGGCCGAACGCCGCUAUCUGGUGCUGCAUCCAUGGCGUAUCAGGUUGCUAUGCUCGGUGCAGGACUCCUCUGUAUUGCUGGGGGGCCUUUCGCGGUCCAGGUGCUAUAUGAAGAGACAUUGCCGACACUGCUGUUAUCAGCUCGGGAACAGAUUAUGGAAAACGUUGGACCAGUGUCCAGCACACUCCAAGGUUAUACCAUGGCCAACAUGCUCUUUUUCUGUGGUAGUCUACUUUGGGGUUCAGAGAGAACUUCUUCCAUUCUGAAACUGUCAUUCCUCUCAAGGAGACCAAGAGUGGUGGGCACCCACAUGGAUUUCAUUGCUGGCGUGUUGGAUGGGCACAUCCUGCUGGGCUGCGAGCCAGGUACAUGGAAGGCGUAUGUAUCAUGCUUUGUAUUUCUGCUGGUGAAGUUUGUCCCGUCAUGGCUGCUGGACAUAAAGCUAGACACACUGAAGAAGAUUGCCGCUGGGCUACGAAGUUGGCAUGAGCAUGAUCUUGCCAUAUCUCUACUUGAGCGAGCAGGACCACAGACGAUCUCCAUUGUAGUCGAGACCUUGCUGCAAUGAUCUCGCCUUCUGAACGUUUUGCCCCCACCUAACAUAUAUGACUUGUUGUACUUCGAAUCUAAAUUCCAGUCGAUAGCCGUCUGAGUUCAUAUGUGGAUUAGUAUGAGAUCAUCUCGUUUGGCUUGCAUGGCCUCUUUCC